AUGAAAAAAAAAGUUAACGAAAAUAUAGAAAAUCGAACGGGGAUAUACGUUCAAGUGUCGGCAGGUGUCGCGACUGCCGGCGAGGGCUUGGCCUCGAAAGAGGCUAAGUCGCUAAUGACAAAAGUUAGCUCGGCGGAAAUAAAGAAAAACGCUGACAAAAAGAAAAGGAAAGGUGAGUCGACCUCAGCCUCCAGAAAGACUGCAAAGUGCAAAACUGGAAGCCGGCGAACAACCACCAAUCCAAACCCUGCUACCUUGGUAGCUCCCACCAGUGAAAGUACGGCUGUUUCUUAUAGUACUACUGACACCCCAAGCACUAAUGUAGAUAAUUCUACGGGCCCUGAAGGGGAUGCUAUGACUGAAAAACGGACCGUCUCUUACGAAUCCACCCUCAGUCAAAGCAAAUCCCUCCAGAACACGUUGGUUACUCCACUCCCUGACGGAAGUAAGGCUGUCUCUUAUAGUCAUGCUUCCGCCGAGGAACACAGUAACAGAAUUGCUACUCCAAAUUCAGAAAUAGUUAACUCUGUGGGUCCGGAAGUGGCUGUUUUGACCAGUAAAACGUCUGUCUCUUACAGUCUCACCUCUAGUCAAGGCAGACCUCUUCCUGACCCUAAAAGUGCUCAAAUCCCCAGCGGCAAUGUAGCUGUCUCUUAUAGUUCCACCUCCGCUGGAGAGGAAAGCAAAAGAGCGUCCCGUAAUGACAUAAGGAACGCAAAGGGGAUUUAUAGAGCAUUAAGUUUGAUACCUAUAGCCGAACGUUCCGCAGAGCAAUCCAACAAGUUAGAAUGGGCAAAAGCUAUUCUCAGUAAAAGAUUGACCAGCAGCGACUUAACUUCAAAGCGACAAAGGUCUGUUGAAGAUUCCGUCUCGGAACCUAAAAGACAAAAAGUGCAUAAUUCCAGCACUCACACUAGGAAAGACCUGUCCUUUAGUGACGUUCUUAAGGACAAGUCUUUCCUCGCCGUUAUCGAUAGUACGGCUGUCUCUUACAGUACUACUGACACCCCAAGCACUAAUGUUGAAAAUUCUACGGGCCCUGAAGGAUGUGCUAUGACUGAAAAACGGACCGACUCUUACGAAUCCACCCUCAGUCAAAGCAAAUCCCUUAAGAACACGUUGGUUACUCCACUCCCUGACGGAAGUAAGGCUGUCUCUUAUAGUCAUGCUUCCGCCGAGGAACACAGUAACAGAAUUGCUACUCCAAAUUCAGAAAUAGUUAACUCUGUGAGUCCGGAAGGGGCUGUUUUGACCAGUAAAACGUCUGUCUCUUACAGUCUCAUCUCUAGUCAAGGCAGACCUCUUCCUGACCCUAAAAGUGCUCAAAUCUCCAGCGGCAGUGUAGCUGUCUCUUAUAGUUCCACCUCCGCUGGAGAGGAAAGCAAAAGAGCGUCCCGUAAUGACAUAAGGAACGCAAAGGGGAUCUAUAGAGCAUUAAGUUUGAUACCUAUAGCCGAACGGUCCCCAGAGCAAUCCAGCAAGUUAGAAUGGGCAAAAGCUAUUCUCAGCAAAAGAUUGACCAGCAGCGACUUAACGUCAAAGCGACAAAGGUCUGUUGAGGAUUCCGUCUCAGAAUCUAAAAGACAAAAAGUGCAUAAUUCCAGCACUCACACUAGGAGAGACCUGUCCUUUAGUGACGUUCUUAAGGACAAGUCUUUCCUCGCCGUUAUCGAUAGUACGGCUGUCUCUUACAGUACUACUGACACCCCAAGCACUAAUGUUGAAAAUUCUACGGGCCCUGAAGGAUGUGCUAUGACUGAAAAACGGACCGACUCUUACGAAUCCACCCUCAGUCAAAGCAAAUCCCUUAAGAACACGUUGGUUACUCCACUCCCUGACGGAAGUAAGGCUGUCUCUUAUAGUCAUGCUUCCGCCGAGGAACACAGUAACAGAAUUGCUACUCCAAAUUCAGAAAUAGUUAACUCUGUGAGUCCGGAAGGGGCUGUUUUGACCAGUAAAACGUCUGUCUCUUACAGUCUCAUCUCUAGUCAAGGCAGACCUCUUCCUGACCCUAAAAGUGCUCAAAUCUCCAGCGGCAGUGUAGCUGUCUCUUAUAGUUCCACCUCCGCUGGAGAGGAAAGCAAAAGAGCGUCCCGUAAUGACAUAAGAAACGCAAAGGGGAUCUAUAGAGCAUUAAGUUUGAUACCUAUAGCCGAACGUUCCCCAGAGCAAUCCAACAAGUUAGAAUGGGCAAAAGCUAUUCUCAGUAAAAGAUUGACCAGCAGCGACUUAACUUCAAAGCGACAAAGGUCUGUUGAAGAUUCCGUCUCGGAACCUAAAAGACAAAAAGUGCAUAAUUCCAGCACUCACACUAGGAAAGACCUGUCCUUUAGUGACGUUCUCUUACAGUACUACUGA